AUGGCGAACCGCAUGGACCAGAAGGGGCAGUGGCAGCAGGCCCAAUCCCAGCUGCGCAAUGCGCGCAAGGAGGGGUACAACCAGCACUGGGAGGUCGGACUGUGCAGCACGUGCAUCACGGACCCCCUGUACUGCUGCUUCGCGAUGUUCUGCCCCUACUGCGCCUCAUGUCAGCUGCGGUACCGGGCCAUCGGGCGGGACUGGAACCGGUACAUGUGCUGCCAGGGCUACAUGCCGUGCUCGGGCAAGUGCGGCGAAAGGAACUGUCCGGCGUUCUGCAUGUGCAUGGAGGCGACGUGCUGCUUUGCGGCGUCGGUGCAGGCCACGCGCUACACGCUCCAGGACGAAAUGCACGUCCGGAACACAAAGUGCGACAACUGCCUCAUCGCCACCAUGAUCUUCUUCCAGUACCUGGCGUUCAUCUGUCGCAUGGUGGCGUGCAUCACCGGGAGCGACGAGAUCGACGCGAUCGCAGACAUCGUCGAACUCAUCGCAGAUAUCCUCUGGUGCACCGUCUGCGCCUGCAUGCAGACCCAGGCGAAGAUCCAGAUGGACAAGCGCGACCAGCAGCCGUCGAUCGUCGUGCAGCAGCUCGACCCGUGGCAGGCCCCGCCGCCCAUCCAGUACAUGCAAUCCGGGGGCUGGGGCGCCGCGCCGCAGCAGGGCGCGUACCACCACGUGCAGAGCCGGCCGCAGGGGCAGCCGCAGUACCCGCCGCAGCAGGCCGGGUACCCGCAGGGGCCUUACCCCCCCCAGGGGGGUUACCCGCCGCCGGGACGGUACCCCCCCCAGGGGGGGUAUCCGGGCGGUGCUCCGCCGCCGAACUACGGCGCGCCCGCUGGAUACCCCGGAGGCGGGCCGGCGAUGGGGUACCCUGCGAGGAAUUACUAG